CGGUCCCUGUACGUCGUUAUGUCACCGUCCGUUUGUCUCUUGACGAAUACAAAAAGGCACCAUUCCUUCUCUCCAUCCUUUCGAACUUUACAUUCAUUUUUAACCAGGCCAACUCAACCAACUCAGCCAACUACCACCAACCACCAACCACCAACAACCACCAACCACCAACAACCAACAACCAACAGUAACAAUGGCUACCCCCAACUUUUUCGCUCUUAGCGCCAAGGACAAGAAGCACGAGGAGAUCUCGAUGAAGCAGUUCGAGGGCAAGGUCGUCCUCGUCGUCAACGUCGCGUCCAAGUGCGGCUUCACCAAGCAGUACGCUGGUCUCGAGGAGCUCUACAAGAAGUAUAAGGACCAGGGCUUUGUCAUCAUUGGAUUCCCCUGCAACCAGUUCGGUGGUCAGGAACCCGGGGACAAUGACGAGAUCGAAUCGUUCUGCCAGGUCAACUUCGGAGUGACUUUCCCCUUGAUGGACAAGGUUGAUGUUAACGGCGACAAUGAGGAUCCCGUCUAUACCUACUUGAAGUCGCAGAAGAAGAGCCUCAUGAUGGCUCGCAUCAAGUGGAACUUUGAAAAGUUCUUGAUCGCCAAGGAUGGCACCGUGUAUGAGCGUUACGCUUCUACCACCGCCCCCGAGUCCAUUGCCAAGGAUGUCGAGAAGUUGCUCAAGGCUUAAAGGCACUUUUUUUUUUCCACUUGACAACAGGAAGGCAUACGGGGCAUCAAUUGGGCUAUACUCUUAUCGCAAUAGCACAUCCUUUUAUUUGUAAAUAAACAUUGUAAUAAAAAG